CUCAUUCACAAACAAACACCCUCUCGUCUCUAGAUUGCCAUGCCUCCUAUGGCGUUUACGGGAACCGUCACCAAAGUCGGUUUCAUGAACAAAACUGCCACGGUGACGGUCUCUCGCUGGAUCAUCCAUAAAAUAACCGGAAAGCGCAUUGAACGAAGCACGAAAAUUCUGUCUCACGAUGAGAAGAAUGGUCAGUACAUCUUGCAUGACUGUCACACAUUGAUCCAACGUCUCGCAGAGCUUCGUUUGAAUGAUGUUGUUAGCAUACGGAAUUGCCCUCCUAUAUCUGCUCGAAAGCGUUUUCGGUUGGAGAAAGUGUUGCAUAGUCCGGAGGGAGAGCGCGAGCUUGCGCAUCGCGCCCAAACGAUGAUGGCGUCAAGUAGCUCUUAGAGUUGAGUUCAGUUUUAGAAUCGCAAGCAUUGGUUGUAACUAUUUUACCUCACUUAAUCACUAAACGUCGACGCUUUACAAUCUGGCACGCUCGUUCGGUAGAGUUCAUUGGAUUCCCCAUUCCGGCGUGUUCCAGGAGUAUUAUGUUUGAUUCAUCCUUGGACUUGAUUCCGUUUACUGGCCCAAAUGAUGUGGAUUCACACUCAGGAGAGCUCUUAUGCUCGCUGACUUUAGACCCUCUCUCCACUCUGGUACGCUUUCAAGGAAGAAACCGUAUGGAAAGGGGGUCAAGAACGGAAAGCUGAUGGGCAUAUUGGAUAUCUCCUAGCACAUCGGUAGCAUUUGUAAUUUGCACACAGAGGGCACCGAGGUUUUGCAACACUUUGC